AUUUUUGCCUCUGGAAGCUCGAGAUGUGUUAGAAUUCCAAGAAUUCCCAGAAUUCCCUUUCCCUAAGGAAUGCAGCACCAUGCGCUGCCUGGCCCGCCUCAGCUCCAAGGCGCUCCUGGUGCUCUGCUCCCUCCUGGCUCUGCUCUCGCUGCUGCUCUGGACCCGCUGCUCCCACCGCCCCCAGCCCGCUCCAGGCCCCCCGGAGCACCCCGGCAUUCCCGACAGCGAGGAGGCCUCGCCCCAGGACGCCCCCAGAGCCCCGGGAAUGCCGGGAAGCGCCGGGAGGGCGGCGGCGGGGCCGCGCUACGAGGAGAUCGACUGCGUCAUCAACGAGGAGCAGACGGUGAAGGGGCGGCGCGAGGGCAGCGAGGUGUUCCUGCCCUUCAGCUGGGUGGAGAAGUACUUCCAGGUGUACGGACGCAUCGCCCAGGCUGACGGGGGCGAGAGGUUCGAGUUCUCCCACAGCUACUCCAAGGUGUACGCCCAGCGCGCGCCGUACCGGCCCGACGGCGUCUUCAUGUCCUUCGAGGGCUACAACGUGGAGCUGCGCGACAGGGUCAAGUGCAUCAGCGGCGUGGAGGGAGUUCCUCUCUCCACACAGUGGGGCCCCCAGGGCUACUUCUACCCCAUCCAGAUCGCCCAGUACGGGCUGAGCCACUACAGCAAGAACCUGACGGAGAAGCCGCCGCACGUGGAGGUGUACGAGACAGCGGGGGACGGGAACGGGAAUGGGGAAUGGACGGUGCCCAAGGGCUGCUCCCUCACCACCGUCUGGGACAAGACCCGGCUCACCGGGGUCAAGCAGUUCUCCUGCCCAGAAAGCUCCGAGGGCGUCUCCCUGGAGCUCAACAAUGGCCGGGAUUUCAUCAUCUCCUUCGACCUGAAGCUGCUGAGCAACGGCAGCGUGUCCGUGGUGCUGGAGACCACGGAGAGGAACCAGCUCUUCACCGUGCACUACGUGUCCAGCACGCAGCUCAUCGCCCUCAGGGACAGGGACAUCUUCUACGGCAUCGGAGCGCGCAGCAGCUGGAGCACGCUCACCCGGGACCUGCUGACGGAUCUGCGCAAGGGCGUGGGGCUCUCCAACACCAAGGCGGUGAAGCAAACCAAGAUCAUGCCCAAGAGGGUGCUGCGCUUGGUGGCCAAAGGCCGCGGCUUCCUGGACAACGUCACCAUCUCGGCCACCGCCCACAUGGCCGCCUUCUUUGCCGCCAGCCGCUGGCUGCUGCGCAACCAGGAUGAGCGCGGCGGCUGGCCCAUCAUGGUCACCAGGAAGCUGGGGGAAGGCUUCAAAUCCCUGGAUCCGGGCUGGUACUCGGCCAUGGCGCAAGGCCAGGCCAUGUCCACGCUGGUCAGGGCCUACCAGCUGACCAAGGAGCCGGCGUUCCUGGGCGCGGCGCUCCGGGCCACGGCGCCCUUCAAGCUGCCGGCGGAGCAGCGCGGGGUCAAGGCGGUGUUCAUGAACCGGCACGACUGGUACGAGGAGUACCCCACCACGCCCAGCUCCUUCGUGCUCAACGGCUUCAUGUACUCCUUGAUCGGCCUCUACGACCUGAAGGAGACGGCCGGGGAGAAGCUGGGCAAGGAGGCGCGGCUGCUCUACGAGCGCGGCAUGGAGUCGCUCAAGGCCAUGCUGCCGCUCUUCGACACCGGCUCGGGCACCAUCUACGACCUGCGGCACUUCAUGCUGGGCACGGCGCCCAACCUGGCGCGCUGGGACUACCACACCACGCACAUCAACCAGCUGCAGCUGCUGGGCUCCAUCGACGACGCGCCCGUCUUCAAGGAGUUCGUCAAGAGGUGGAAGAGUUACCUGCGGGGAGGGCGGGCCAAGCACAACUGAGCUCCUCCCCGUCCUCCCCGCCGUUCCGACGGCUCCUUCCCAAAAUCGCGGGCCUUAAAACUGCUCCGGGGAGGGUUUGGGAUCGGGACGCUCUCUCCCGCGUUGAGGUUGGGUUUUGUUGGGAUUGGUUUUUCCUUUUCCGAGGAAAAUGUUUGCAGAAGCCAUAGAAGUCUUGGAAGCGCGGUCGCUGCCUGGAGAGCUCAUCCAGGGCCUCCUAAACCGGGAUUUUGUGUCCGUGUUGGAGCAGCUCCCGUGGGAUGAGCGCCGUCCACAGGAAUCACUUGGAGCCUGGGAGUGCAAAGCGUGGCUUUAAAGUGGGGGGGGGUUUCCUAGGGAUUCGCUUUUUCGGGAUGACAAAUCCGCAGUUGGGAGUUUUUUGCCAGUUCUCUGCCUGGAGAUCCUGGAGCUGGAGGGUUUCUUCAUGGAAAACACGUGCCCGGCAUCAUGGAAGCACAACUGGGAGCCUGGAGCACACAGCCCUGGGCCACCAGCACCCGUGUCCCCUCGGAGCUGGGAUCCCUUAUCCUGGUGUCCCCUCGGAGCUGGGAUCCUUAUCCCGGUCACUGGAAUUCCCUCAGAGCUGGGAUCCCUUAUCCUGGUGUCCCUUUGGAGCUGGGAUCCCCUGUCCUGGUGUCCCCUCAGAGCUGGGAUCCUUAUCCCUGUCACUGGAAUUCCCUUGGAGCUGGGAUCCCUAUCCCUGUCACCGGUAUCCCCUCAGAGCUGGGAUCCUUUUUCCUGGAGCUCUGUGUUUUCUACGGGAUUUUGGAAUUCCAUCUGGGAGGUUCCUCAGAGCUUUGGGGGCGUUUCCAGGAAUUGCUGAGCGGGACGCGGAGCUCAUCUGGAGUUCCUCAGGAAACGCAAGAAUUCGGGAAUUCUCAUUUUUCUCCUGCUCCAGCCCAUCCAGCAUUUUAACAGUUCCAUCCCAGAGGUUUUUCCAGCUCUCCCUGGGCUGGAAUUCUCAGAGGAGCUGUGGCUGCCUCUGGAUCCCUGGAAUGCCCAAGGCCAGCUUGGAGCAGCCCGGGACAGUGGAAGGUCCCUAUGGAAUGGGAUGAGCUUUAAGGUCCUUCCCACCCAACCAUUCCAUGAUUCCAUGAUCCCACCGGCUGCCUGAUCCCAAAAUCGAGGAUGGACAUUGGGAAUUCCCACUGCUCCCAUUCCACGUUGGAGCUGAUCCCAAUCCCAAAAUCCUGGGCACAAGGACAACACCCAUCUCCAUCUUUUUAUUGCUUUUUGAGGCUUUUCCUUCAUUUCUCACCGAUCUCGGAGCGACCUUUUCCCGGCUUUAAUCCACGCGCUCCGGUCGGAUCCAUCCAUCCCAUGGAUGGCAGAGGAGAAAUUCCAAUACCAAAGGUAGCAGAGGGGAAUUUUUUCCAUGCCCAUGGAAACCCAGCAGACACAAACCCACCCCAAACCCGGGAUUCCUGCUCAACAAUCCGCUCCAUCCUCCCUCCGCGGGUUCCUUCCAUUGUUUUCCCGGCUGGAAAAGCCAGAGAGCCUCCUUGGAUGCUGCUCCAGGAUGGUGUUGGUGCCUUACAGAGGCCAGAAUUCCUCUUGGUUGGGUUUUUUGGGAAUUGAUGCUGAUGGUGGGGUUGGAGCAUGGCCGAUUUUCCCGCUCUGGAAGAGCUCGGAAGCGCGGGAUGGGCAUUCCAAGGUUGAGGUCUCACCUCUUGUCCUUCCAUCACCUUCUGGUGGCCUUAGCACAGGUGGAGCUUCCAGGAAUCCCCUGAGGCUGUAAAUCCAUGGAGAAUCCAUGGGGAUAUUCCUGAUAUUCCUUAAAUUCCGUUGUGCAUUGGAAGAGGAUCCUUGACCAUGCCGGCAGUGCCCAGAACUUCAUGGAAUUCAUUCCAAUUUGGGAUCUUUUUCUUCAUUUUCCACCUUCAAGCUCCCAAAGAUCUUUGGGACCAAGCUUUGAUCAGCUUUGAUCCCAGAUUUUCCUGUGGAGAUCCAUGGGCUCUUCCCAUGGGAUCCUUUCUCCAUGGAUGCCGCUGGAAGUUUGGGAUGGAGCAUUCCAAGGUUGCCCCUCCUGUCCUUCCAUCACCUUCUGGUGGCCUUAGCACAGGUGGAGCUUCCAGGAAUCCCCACCAGAGGCUGCAAUUCCAUGGAGAAUCCAUGGGGAAUUCCUGAUACUCCUUAAAUUCCUUUGUGCAUUGGAAGAGGACCCUUGGCCAUGGAGCCAAUCCCCAGAACUUCUUGGAAUUCAUUCCAGUUUAGGAUUUCUUUGUUCAUUUCCACCUUCAAACUCCCAGAGAUCUUUGGGACCCGGAUCAGCUUCGAUCCCAGAUUUUCACCCGGAGAUCCAUUGGCUCUUCCCAUGGGAUCCCCUCUCCGUGGCUCCCCCACCCCAGCAGCACAAGCACAACCCCCCCCAGAAUCCGGGCAUUCCCUGGAA